AUGGCUGCUACUGCUGCUGAGGCCAACGGGAAGGUUCGUAGCAGGCCGAAACUCGUCAAGCAGAUCGUCGACCAUGCCUUCCACCUCUCUACCGAACUGCACCUCGAGUUCGAUAUCACGGCGUCCUUCAAGGAACGGACCUUGGCGAUCCCGCAUAUGCCAUUACGAGGCGACUGGGAGUGCUGUAUCAGCAGAAGUAAGCGGCAAGAUGAGCCUUUCGUCGAGCUCUAUAUCCAUCAUGGCGAGCUGCCAGUCGGCUGCAUAGGCUCGCACGUAGCGGUGUCGUGGGAGUUCUUCGCCGUCGACGCGGUCAAGUCGUGGCAGAUUGCAGAGGACGACUGGGACCCUGAACCGGUGCCGGCUGGCACGAGGACGGGACCGUAUACGGGGUUCAACGCCGCGGUCUCGCAAGGGGAGAUCGACGAUGCAAGGAAUCGGUCUGGAGGAGCAUUCGAUCCUGUGACGCAUCGUCAUUAUUGUCUGCGGUUCGAGAUGCGACAGGCUGCGACGCGACCGUCCGACGAGGCGAAGGAGCUCGCCGAGCGCAUCGCUGACCUCAAUCUCUCGCCAAUGCCCUACGACGUCCGCCUCUUUUCCCCGAACGUCUGCCACGAUGGCGCCGAGCUCUGGGUGGAGGGCGACUUUCUCGCGCAAUGCUCGGAUUACUUCGAGACCCUGCUCUCUUCCGACUUCACGGAGAACGUCCGAGUAUCGCACAAACGACCGAGAACACGCGCGAGCGGCGUGGCGACUACGGCCGACGCAGACCACAAGGACUUUGCCGAUUCCGACGACGAGACGGACGAGCUUUUUCUCACGCAGAACCCGCCUUCUCUACACGUCCACGAGGGCGAGUGCGGCCUCGAGUACAAGCAGAUCGUCAUCACCAAGACCGCCUUCACGACCUAUCGCGCGGUCCUCGCCUUCCUCCGCACCGGCUACAUCGCGUUCGCCCCACUCACCUCCGCCUGCCAGCCGCUCAACCCCUCGUCGAACCUCACUCGUGCUGCACGUCUGAGCGAGCUUGCCCAGAAGGAGCCGAUUUUCCCGGUCUCACCCAAGUCGGCCUUCCGUCUUGCGCACUUGCUCGACCUCGACCGCCUGCAGGAGCUCUGUCUCGCCAACCUUCGACAGAGUCUCACGACUGAUACGGUGGCGCACGAGCUAUUCCAUGAAGCAUCAGUGUGCUUCGAUGCAUGGCGCGAUGCUAUCGUCGGAUUCGUCGUGGAGAACUGGGAUGCGGUGAUGGCGACUAAAUGCUGGAAGGACGCAUAUGCGCGACUGGAGCGAGACGAGAUUCCCGGAGCGACGCCUAUUCUUCUUAAGCUCAUGGAGAAGAAGCCGGCCGGAGCGAAGGCCUGA